AUGAAAUUAGCGCCGAGAUUGCCUUCUGCCAGUGCAAACCUUUCAUGGCUUGCCCAAACCCGCCUUUACUGCGCCCUGGGACUUGUGAUACUCACUGCUUUCGGCAGAGUCUGUUGUCAAGGCAAAAACUCCACGAAAAAUGCAUCCAUUAUCCAGGCAGUCACGGCUGAGGUGACUGCGAUAACGGAUCCGGCAAAAGGAGAUAAGUUGAUCGAAUCGCAUACAUGCACAUUCACUCCAGACCAAGAGGUCUAUUUCUCUGGAACCUACAUUGACGAUUGCACUCUGAAACUGGUGUACAGCAAGACGAAUUACAGUUUGAUCCGCAAAAAUCUGCAGUUUCGGAUCCUUGAUGGAAACUCCACAGCCAAUUUGCCCUUCAAUAAGAACCUCAUGAUCCCCUACAGCAAGACGACCAACUUCACCAUUGAAUGCCUCUUGCAGGCAACCGAGUACACGUGCUAUUUGCCCGUUAAGCGUGAGUCAACAAGAAUGUCUUGUGAGUGUUGUCGUGGUGACGAAAAAGAGUUCUCAGAUCGGGUCGUCUUUAGGCUCAACACCGUCAUUGGUAAUAGGAGCCUCCUGAAAAUGGAGCAUUUUUUCCUUCAUACGAAGACAAGCAGCAGGAAUCGACUAACUCUGACCCCACAAUCGCCAAGAUUGCGUCCAAUUGAUACCUCCUUCUAUAAAAUUACUUUUGCUUGA